AUGGAGAGCCUUUUGGAGAAUAAAUGUUCACUAAAUAUUAUGAUAUUAGUCUAGCCAAUUCCAAUUUUGAUCAUUUCUUGCAUUAACUUUUAAUAUUAAUGUUACAUUACUGAAUGCUGAAUGUUGAAUGUUGAUAAAAUUUCAGGGCUUUGUCAUAUCAGAUUGGCAGGGCAUUGAUAGGAUUACUACUCCACCUGGUGCAAAUUAUACUUACUCUGUCCUGACUGGCGUCAAUGCUGGUAUUGAUAUGAUAAUGGUUCCUAAUGACUAUGCUCAGUUUAUUGACACUUUGACCUCCCUUGUGAACAAGAAGUUCAUCCCCAUGAGCAGAAUUGAUGAUGCUGUAAGAAGGAUUUUGCCGGUGAAAUUCACCAUGGAUCUCUUUGAGAACCCCUUGGCUGAUCUUAGCUUUGUUGGUCAGCUUGGGAAAAAGGAGCACAGAGAUUUGGCAAGGGAAGCUGUAAGGAAAUCACUUGUGCCGUUGAAAAAUGGGAAAUCUACUAGCAAGCCGUUGCUCCCCCUCUCUAAGAAGGCACCAAAGAUCCUUGUUGCUGGGAGUCAUGCUGAUAGCUUGGGUUACCACUUACCAGUGAGUAUAAGAUACAAAAAGCCAUGAUUGCUGUUGAUCUACUAUUUAUCCAAGGAACUAAUGAUAAACAACACAGAAGUACAAUUUUUGCUAUCCUACAUCUUUCUUCUGUUUUUUAAACCCUAAACUCUCCUAAGGUGCAUUACUAGUUAUUGUUUUAUAUUGUUACCUCCUGGUUUAACACUGUGGUAUUUA